GCUCUUGCAGGCGCUGGUGAGGACUGGUCUGCAGGAAAACACUGGCUGAGGAGUCUGGUGUGCUGGACAAGCAGUGGUGCCCCUUGGCAGGAAAGGACCGUGCUUCUUUCAAGCGUUUGCAUGGACUUCAGGAUCAAUCGAGGGAGCAUCAUUCUGUAGCUAAGACUGGGUGCUGUAAGGAGCUCUGAACAUUAACAGGAAGAUAACACUGAAACAGAAUGUCGCUUACCUUUUGUCUGAAAAGGUGAAUUCUUUUCAGAUAGAAAUGGCUGAUAAGGGUGGGAAGAUGCUUCCAGGACAGUUUUACAUUCAAGUGGAGUACGACUAUGAGUAUGAGGCCAAGGACAAGAAAAUUGUGAUCAAGCAAGGGGAGAAAUACAUCUUAGUGAAAAAGACUAAUGAUGAUUGGUGGCAAGUCAAAAGAGACGAAAAUUCCAAACCCUUUUAUGUGCCAGCUCAAUAUGUGAAGGAAAUACCCCGGAAAGCACUGAUGCCACCUGUGAAGCAGGCAAGCAUGUUGCCAAAUAACACCUUGAAGUUGACACAUGGAUUACAGAGAUCAACAGAAAAUGUGAAUAAGUCACCAGAGCUUUCUAGUUUUGGAAAAUCUUCUCCAGUUCAAGUUUCUUGCUUAGUUCGAGAUGCCAAUCAAAAUCUGGGACCGAACAAUAGCCCCUGUCAAACUUUUGGUUUGAGUCUGGACCUUACCCACAACAAUGGAAAACUUAACAAUGAGUUGCAAUCUCCCAAGGUUUCUAAUCAGUUUAGAACCAUUUCCAUGGGUCAUUUCCCAUGCCCGGAGUUCUUGGAAAUAGAGAAGACCAGCUUUUUGCAUGAACAAUCUUGUGAUUCAGCAGGAGAAGGCUCAGAAAAAAUUCACCAAGAUUCAGAGUCUGGAGAUGAGCUCAGUAGUAGUUCUACAGAACAAGUGCAGCCAACUACUCCACCAAGCCAAGGGAGGCCUGAUUCACCAGUUUAUGCUAAUUUACAAGAACUGAAAAUAUCUCAGUCUGCACUUCCACCUCUACCUACAAGUGCUCCAGUCCAAAUAAAUGGGGAAUGGGAAACCCAUAAAGAUACGACAGGACGCUGUUAUUACUACAACAGAGGAUCACAGGAGCGAACCUGGAAACCUCCGCGGUGGGCCCGAGAUGCAAGCAUUAAUAAAGGGGAUUCCCAGAGCCAUGCAGAUCAUGAGCAUCUUUCAUCAGAAGAAAACGACCACAGUUCUUGUUACAGCCAGUCAGAUAGUCAGUAUGGUUCUCCUCCAAAGGGUUGGUCAGAAGAGUUGGAUGAACAUGGUCAAACCUUAUAUACCAAUGACUAUACUAAUGAAAAGUGGAUAAAACACGCAGAUGAACAAGGUAGACCAUACUACUACAGUGCUGAUGGUUCCAGAUCAGAGUGGGAGUUACCUAAGUAUAAUGCUUCACCACAGCAGCAGAGAGAUAUAAUAAAGAGUAGGAGUCUGGACAGGAGGCUACAGGAACCAAUAGUUUUAACAAAAUGGAGGCACAGCACAAUUGUGCUGGACACCAACGACAAGGAAUCAUCAACUGCUUCUAAGGCCAGUUUUCCAGAAAAUGAAUCAUCUCCUUCUUCACCAAAGCAUCAAGCCACAGGUCAAGAAAAGUAUGGGUUAUUAAAUGUGACAAAAAUCACAGAAAAUGGGAAGAAAGUUCGAAAGAAUUGGAUGUCAUCAUGGGCAGUGUUACAAGGGUCAUCGCUGCUGUUCACUAAAACCCAAGGAAGUGGAACUGGCUGGUCAUUUUGCCAAGGGGGCUCAAUUCCUGAGCUCUUGCUCUCGCUGCUUUCUUCUUGGAAAAAUGUUCUCAGUCAUCGACCUGCUGUCACCUAUGUAAACUCUGCCCAAGUUUCAGCUAUCACUAAGUUUGGUGUUAAUCAGUCUAAGCCAGAAUUUACAGUGGAUCUCAAAGGGGCUUUGAUUGAUUGGGCCUCGAAGGACAAAUCCAGCAAAAAGAAUGUUAUUGAGCUAAAAACCCGCCAAGGCACUGAGCUCUUAAUUCAAUCAGAUAAUGACAGCUUUAUUAAUGAAUGGUAUAAAGUUCUUAACUACACCAUCAAUAAUCAGGUAAUAGAGUCUGAUGAAGCAUUAGAUGAUGAGGUACCAGAUUCCCCCGGAGUGGAAAAACAAGACAAAGAGAAAGAGAAAGAAAAUAAAGACUCUAAGAAACUUCGUUCAGUGAAAGCACCCAGCAAUAUAGACUCCACAGAUCAGAAAAAGACCAAAACGAAGCUGAAGAAGUUUCUUACACGGCGCCCUACAUUACAAGCUGUCCGUGAAAAAGGCUACAUUAAGGAUCAAGUUUUUGGUUCAAAUCUCACCAGCUUGUGUCAAAGAGAAAACAGCACGGUGCCAAAGUUCGUGAAGCUGUGCAUUGAGCAUGUUGAGGAACAUGGAUUAGAUAUUGAUGGCUUAUACAGAGUUAGUGGCAAUCUUGCAGUGAUACAGAAGCUGAGAUUUGCAGUCAAUCAUGAUGAGAAGCUGGACUUGAAUGACAGCAAAUGGGAAGAUAUACAUGUCAUUACAGGAGCUCUAAAAAUGUUCUUCAGAGAGUUGCCAGAGCCGCUGUUCACUUACAACCACUUCAAUGACUUUGUCAAUGCAAUUAAGCAAGAACCAAGGCAGCGUGUCCCUGCUGUUAAAGAUUUAAUCAAACAGUUGCCAAAACCAAACCAGGACACGAUGCAGGUACUCUUUAGACACCUGAAAAGAGUUGUAGAAAAUGGAGAAAAGAACCGAAUGACCUAUCAAAGUAUAGCAAUAGUUUUUGGUCCAACCUUAUUAAAACCAGAGAAAGAGACUGGUAACAUAGCAGUCCACACAGUGUACCAGAAUCAGAUUGUAGAGUUAAUUCUGCUGGAAUUGAAUUCCAUCUUUGGACGCUGACAUUUUUCUUGGAGAAGAAACUGGAAGUGAUGGGUUGGCAGCAGUACUCCAUCAGAAGGAAAACCUCUUGCUGUAUAUGAUGUUUUAUGUUUGUGGACCAAGCCGCAACUUGUUUUUUUGCACUUUUUGGGAGGGGAGAAACAGGAGAAAUGUUUGACCACUUUAAUGCAAAUUAAAGACAACACUUCAGAUUUCUUUGAAAAGUUCAAUAUAAAAAAUGAAUUGAAGAGUUUAUAGUUUGCCUUUUUAAAGUAUCAUUGGAAAAAUUUAAUAUAGGUUCAUACACUGGAUUUCUUGGAGAGUAAAACUAAUAAUCUCAGACUGGAUAAUCUGGAAUUUAAUCUCAAAAUUCUUCCAUAUGAUGGGGAAAAGUCUACAUUUUUCCCAGUAUGGAAAAAUUCAGUGAAGUUACAUCUUAAGCUUGUUUAUUACAACGUACUUAGAUCUGUAUGACAGUUUUCCAAGGGGUUUCUGCAUGCCGUGACUGUCCUAGACUUGUGCUAACAGUUUGGUUUAGUUGUUCAAAUCUAAUUCUUCUCUUGAUGUCUGCUGCCCUCUGUCCUUCUUUUUCUCCUGUUUUUCUGUUGUUGGGGUUGUUUGGUUUUUUUUUUUUUGUCUUGUUUUUUGUGGAGCUUUUUUUUUCUUUCUUUUUUUGUUUGUUUGUUUGUCUGUUUUUUGGAUUUUUUUUUUUUACUUCUUUCUUUCUUUCUUUCAUCCUUUUUUUUUCCCCAGCAGCCUCUCUGGAAGUUCUUUGCUGCUUCAUAGAGCAGCACACUAUUACACUAUUUCAAACACUGAACUUGCAAGAAUAUCCAGAAGUGGUUAUUUGUCGUGGGGCAUAAUAGAAGUAAUAUUUAAUAAACAUGUUCAUUUUUUCAGGGUAUGUCCUAAGUUUUGUGUUAUACUGAUCUAAAGCUAAAGUCCUAAGUAAAUACCGACUGUAACACUGUACUGAGUUCUUGGUAUAAUGCUGUGGUAGUGGAAGCUCAUUCUUGAUGUAAAUACAGGCUGUCCUUUUGAUUCCUGUAUAUAAGUCAGUUCCUGUAUAGUUUAAGAACACUUUAGUCACACAUUUCUAAUCAUGGGUAGAUGAGCUACAGUAGCAUAAUGUUUCCAGUGGAUGUCUGGGUUUCAGCAGGGAAACAGGUUAUGGGGAGGGAGGGAGACCUAACUGUGUGCACUUUUAGAUGUUAAUUACAUUUGCGGGCAAAUAACUGUAAUGCAAAUGGUACUGGAGAAAUACUGAGUGUGCUUGCUAAAUUGUUAAUGCACUACAAGAAGAGCCUUUUAGAUUAUUUAAUAUGUACAGGAUACAUUAGAAAAAUGUAUUAUGAAUUCUAACAUCUGCAGAUAGUGAAAGUCAUGUUUUGAUAGAUGUUUGAUGGAAUCCACUAUGCUAAAUUUAAGAUUUUCUUUUUACAUUAAUGUAGAAUAAUUUGUAAAAUUGGUUUUGAAAGAUUUUGUUACAGGGAGCAUGGUCUGCUGAAGAUUUUUUUAAAUGUAUUUUUCUAGACUAACUGCUGUAUCUGACAUAUUUGUUAUGUCUAACCUGAAUAAAGAAAACCAAUAGUUCUUUUAGAGUUUACCAUACCCACUUCAGACAACACGAGCCCCCUUUAAACAAGACCAAUGUAUCUUACCCCUUAGCAUGGAUGGAUACCACUUGUGACAAAGAGCUGUCACACUGGACUGAACUAUGAAUGCCUACUUUAUAACCUGACAAUUUUAGGAACUUCCCCAUCCCCUUCUUUAACAACUUGAAUUCUAACAUGAGGUUCAGAGAGGGCAGUAGUAAUUUAUGGAUAUAAAUUUGCAGUCUUUAAAACACAUCCCAGCUUGGAGCCCGCUGUACAGGAAACAGUUACGUUGAGGAGGGGAUUGUGUCAGUAGCCUUGGGUCUGCUGUGUCCCUCUCACACACAGCCCUGGCUGGCAGCAGAGGGGAUGUGUGGUGACACACUGAGCUGUAACCAGACUGAUGGUACGAGAAUUUCACGAGCAUAGGGCUUGCAUGAAAAGUUUUUGGAGAUGAGCGAGAAGAUUAGUAACCUUGUGGCUUUCUCAGUGUCUUCUUGUGGUGAUGGUGAAGUCUUGUGGUUUGUUGCAAAGCGACCUGGGUGAGAACUGUGAAAGCCCUGUCUCAGAGGUGUGCUGUCAGCCUCCCUCUGGGCUGUCACACCGAGCAGUGCUGAGCCUGUGCCCUAACCUACUGGAAAAUAUCGACAGAGUUGGAAUCUGUGGCUGUACAAUAUUCAAACCCUGCCUUUGGCUGUAAAGGAGGAAUUCCUGCUGCUACAUGAGAGGGCUUGUUCACCGGUCACCUUUUGUUGCGAGUGUUACCUUGUUCAAAGGAAGAAUGCCUUUUUAAAGCAAUUUGAUUAUGAGGAUGUCACACUUUUCCUUGUAUUCCCCAAAAAUAAAGCAUUUUGUUAUUACAGUAU